UCUGUCCGGCCGAUGAGGAAAUCUAUUUUGAGAAAAUGAAGCAAGUUCUUGUGGUGCUGAUUUGCCUCAAUAUCAUCACAUUCACUGUGUUAGCAGGCCCUAUUCAAAUACAGAAGGACUGCUGCCGAAAUUACUCAAAGACAAUCCCUCAAUUCAAGAGAGUCAAGGAAUAUAACAUUCAGGAAAAUGAUGGUCGCUGCAGGAUCAAAGCUGUGUUAUUCAAAGUGGGGAAGAGAUGGGUCUGCUCAGAUCCAAAUAAUGAUGGAGUGAAAAGCCUUGUGAAAAAGCUUUCCAAAAAACAACAGAGGGGAUGAAGAUGAUGUUGAUUCUCUGACUGAUGAGGACAUCACAACUGUCCACCGAAGAAGAAAGUUUUCAAAAGGCGUUUUUCUUUAAGUUCGCUUUUCCACAUUUUACACAAGUUUCCUUGUCACCAGAAAGUUCACAAAUGCAAGGAAGGUUCAAACACACCAUUUACAUUUAUUGAACCAACAUCAUUCUUUAUUGUUGGUGCUGCUUUUAGACAUUACUGAUUUACUCGUUUGGUUUUAUUAAUGCUACAGGCAUUGAAGUUGAUAGGAUGUGCCAGACUCUGUAUGGACAAUGGACAAUUUGUAUUUUCCCACUGACUGAAUUUUCCCACUCCCGUACCCAAUAUUCUCACCUGGUUGGCUGAAGACAGUGACCAAAGUUGGGGCAUCAGUCUAUAGCAGUGAUGACAGACUUGAAGAGGGGAGGGGGGCGGUGCGUCAGUUCAGCAGCUAUUCGACCUGCUUGGGCACACAGAGUAUUCUCAGGCAAUUCCUUGAUAUUGCAGUCAAAUCAUCAAAUUCUGAUUUUGUAAGAAAAAUAAAUUCCAGCCUUUCUGAAGCAGGUCAAACCUUGCCUUAUUUCAAUCAAAAAAUAAAAUUUGAGAAUGAAUGUAAAAUCCCUGUAAUUACUGAUUGAUGGAGAAUUACCCCAUUUUAGUCAUAUGCACUUAUAAACUUAAAAACAAUUUAUUUGUAGUUUAUAAUAUAUAACAUAGUAACGCUAUUCUAUUAAAAAAAACAGAAGCUUAGCCAAAGUAACCCAUUGUCAACAAAACUGAUGAUCCUUUACUACAUCUUCUUACAUUUCAACUGCCUUUACUGUCAGGCAUGAACAAUCAUUUUUGUCAUGUUACCAUAUUUUAGAAGGAGAUUGAAUGAAGGCAGUGCCCCUUUAAGUUGGUUGGAGAGAGAAAUGUUGAUUUCCUUUCAUGACAUGAUAUACAGUAACCCUGAGUCUUUGCACUGCAAUGCACAUUGAAAUGAUGGUUGAAUGUUUAAAUUAUUGUUCAGUAUUACUUCUAUUUAACUGUAUUUUCUAAUGUUUCCCAAAGCCAGGGACUACUGUUAAAGGGUGACAUGUUCUAUUAUUUAUUUUGCUUGUAAUUUGCCUAUAUCUGUUUAUCAGAUUUCUAAAAUGUUGGCUAUUAUUAGCCUUUGCUAUAAUCCAAGCUGGGAAUUCACAUACUUCCUAAAUUUUUAUGACUCCAUUUAAGCUUAAAAGAUAUCUACGCAUAUACCCCAAAGUGCUUUAAUAUCCUAUUACCAGCUUGAUUUAUAACACUUGAACCUCUUGUCUACUGAAUGUUUCAACUAUUUUUCUUAGUUAACCCAUUGUGUCUAGAUUUGAUGUGAUAAUAAACAAUUCUGUUGAAUAGGAACUUAAAUUAAAUGUAAUUUAGUGGAAG